AUGGUACACACAUACUUCUACGACGGAGAACCGUAUUGUAACUAUCGCCGGGUACGGAGUACAUUAUAUAUUCCGCUUAUGAUUCAAUUCAAGCAGCAAUGCACAGACUCAACAAAUCGGCCAAUUAUUCCAUCCACCACCUGCCAUGAUGUCCCAAAUCCACAGUAUCAUUCAAACGGGAGAAACGCAAUAAUCUGGAUAAAAACAAGAAAAAAGGCAAAAGCAAAAGCAAAGGAAGUGACAACGCCCCCAUGCAACAAACAACGCCAGCAAGCAGAAGAAGCCGCCCAUAGCAGCGCGCUUCAACAUUAA